AUGACUCACGAUGAGGCAGACAAAGAGGCUAAGAUUCUCCUUGAUGAAUAUAAAGCAGAGCAUUUUGAGAAGUUGUGCGAAGAGUCGAGACAGUUGGCCGAGUGGCAUGAACGAGAACACAUGAGAGACUUAAAAUACUGGAAAGAGACAGAGUAUGACCGUAGGGCAUAUAAUCCGUGGUAUGAUGAAUCUGAGGAUGAUGAGUCUCAAGAGGAGGGGUCUGAAAAGGAAGAAUCUGCAGAUGAAGAAUCUGAAGACGGAGAAUCUGGUGACGACCAAUAUGAAGGUGAAGGGUCUGAAAGCGAAGAAGCUGAGUCUGGGGAUGACGGAGCAUCUAACUCGGCGGGUAUGGAUAUAGAUUUGCUGGAACCCAUCAGCGAAGAUCUCACUACUCAGAUCUCAGUGCUUCGAAUUUCUGGUAAGAAGUCAAACGGCGAAGAAGCGUGA